AUGUUGAAAUCGCAGAACAUGUUAGUAAUCCUCAUUAUGCUUUUUGCUCUUUCCCCAGUUUAUGCUUUCGACUACCUGCUGUUCGUUUUACAAUGGCCACCAUCUUUUUACAUAAAAAAUAAGCUGUAUGAACGCUGGCCAGAUUUACUUACCUCCGAAGUGGCCUGUAAGCAAGGCCAGAGUUUCUGGAAAGAUCAAUAUAUUAAGCAUGGAACUUGUUGUGCUUCAAGCUACAAUCAAGAACAAUAUUUUAAUCUAACCAUAAAAUUGAAAGACAGGUUCGAUCUUUUGAAAACUCUCGAAAAUCAUAGAAUAAUUAAACCUGGAUCAACGACAACGAGUAACGCUAAACAAAUCAGAAAUGCCAUCGCGACGGUCACUAAAGUAUUUCCUAGCCUCAAGUGCUUUGAUAUUCAAGAAACGUUGUAUCUAGAAGUGGCAAACGGGCGGGGCGGGGCGGAUAUGGCUCGGGUCGAAAACGUGUAA